AUGGCUUCGGACUCGUGCGUGGGGCGGACCGGGACGGCAGCAGCGGCUGGUCUUGUGGGUGGCGGCAUGUUUGGUGCUAUUAGUGCUGCAUGGAACGACGCGCCCGUGCUGCGUGGCCAGUCUUCGGCGGCGCUGCGCAACUCGUUUGGCGUCAUUCGGUCGCAAGCGCUGCUGUUUGCAUCCGUGAGUGCGGUGUUUGCGGCGUCCGAGUGCGUUGUGCGGUCUGUGCGGAACAAGAACGAUGCAUGGAACGCGGUCAUCGCCGGGUGCGCGGCUGGGUCGACGCUUGGUGUCCGGUCGCGGUCGCUGGGCGCGUCGGUGGCCGGCUGCGUCUCGCUCGCGGCACUGAUGGCGGCGGUCGAGGCGACGGGCGGCAAGCUGUACCCGGCACACACAGAGCCUGCGCCGUCGUACGUGGUCGACCCGAAGGCCAUGGAGGAGUAAACAUUCAGGUAGGGGGGAA